AUGAAGCAGCUCAAAUACACCAACACACACUUACACACACACACACACACACACCUACACAUGUGAGUCCAGAGGACGGCUGGAGAUCCGUGUGGGCCACAUGGAGAAAUCAAAAAACUUUCGCAUCGACGCCAUUCUGGCCGUGGAGCCACCGAAAGCUCAGACUUCACCCCUGGCUCUGGUCACCUCACUGUCCAGUUCAACCUCAUCCUCUUCAUCAUCAUCCUCGGGAAGAAGAAGUAUCACGAGUUCGGACCUCCUGAACUCUCCUUCUGCCAUGGUGGGACUCCAUCCUCCGAGCAGCUCUAUUUACCACCCGCACAUGUUCUCCUACCAUCUGGGACAGCCGCCUGUGCUCUCUUACCCAUACCCUCCUCUUCCUCAUCAUGAUGAACCCCUCAAGCUGCCCCCUGGUUCCCUGCAGCUCGACCACUGGCUAAGGAUCUCCACUGCCGGGCUCGCGCUGCCCAAACUUCAAACUGACUUUAAUACUCAGGCUCACCAGUCUACCCUGCUGGGGAAAUGUCGGAGGCCACGCACCGCCUUCACCAGUCAGCAGCUGCUGGAGCUGGAGCAUCAGUUCAAACUCAAUAAAUAUCUCUCCAGACCCAAACGCUUCGAGGUGGCCACAAGCCUCAUGCUCACUGAAACCCAGGUGAAAAUCUGGUUUCAAAACAGACGUAUGAAAUGGAAACGCAGCAAAAAAGCUAAAGAACAAGAAGCAGCUCAGGAUGCUGCUGAGAAACACAAAGGAACCAAAGAGAAAGAGAAAAGCGAGCAGCCAGACUCGGCUAAAAGCAGCAGCAGACUGAGAGACUUCAGAGACAGUGAUGAUGACGAUGAUGAAGCGGACUCGUACAUGUGCAAUUCCUCUGAGUUCUCCUCAGAGGAUGAGAGAGCGCACAUGAGCCCUCAACCUUGAGACCUUGAAUCUUUCCGUAUCAGCAAACUUGACCUUAGAGGAACUGUGUGCAUGUGUGUUCUCCCAUUCCACAGUGGGUGCUCCUGCUUUCCUGGGAUUUAAUGGUAGACUGAUGGUAUAGAUAAAAGAAAAUGAGACAUGGCCUGAAUCUUAACUCAUCCGUUUUAGACAUCUAGUGCACUACAUAGGGUGUAGAAGCCGAUACUCCAUGUCAUUCUAUAUUUUUACCUUUUAAGGUGUAUGUUUAUAGGUUCAACCUAGAGAACUACUCUGAAAUAGUCUAUCCUGAAAAGCUCUUUAAAGUGAUACUAUAGAAGAACCAGUGUUUUCACUCCUGAAGAUACUUUUGAUUGACUAACAUUUAAACACCAUUAUGUGAAAGGCUCAUUUUGGUAGAAGAUUCUCAUAAAAUUUAUUGUGGAAAGAAUCAUCAAGGUAAAGGUUUCAGAGAACCACAAUUGGUUCUUAAGGAAAUAAAUCAUCUAUUGUAUUGAUGUUUAAAAAUAUUUAAUAACAAGGUAGGGCACAGAGUCCACCAUUUCAUACCCUAUCAAUUGCACUCUGACUCUGUAUUGGGCAUCUAGUGCUCUAGGUAGGAUGUAGAAGCUAUCACUCCAUGUUGUUUACUUGUUUAUCUGGCUAUGAGAUAAAUUCCAGGAUACACUGUACUACAUAUAGGGUUGUUAAAAAUACUCAUAAAGGUUUUACCUUUUUAUGAAGGUUACCAUAAAAGAACCAUUUUUUGGGGUUCCUGGAGAUCCCUUUGAAAGGAUUUUGGUGGUGUGAAAUGUUUAUGAGGUGUUUUAUGCAAUAAAUAAUGGAAAUGGAUGAUGUAGUCACGCAUGCAAAAAGGAACCAGAAAUCUUCUAUGACAUUGCUCUAAAAAGGCUUCCACUGGUUUCAUAGCUCAUUUUAAAACUGUAGGUCAUGAAGACAACCAUUUCAUACCCUAACUAGUGCACAGAUUCUUUCGGAAGCCUUCACUUCAUACAUACUAAUGAGGCAUCAGGGAGCAAUGUGACACUUAUGGCUAGUUAUUUUAGGCUAAAUCCAAAAUGUCUCCCAUAUGAAGCGUAUAACGUACUACAAAGAUGGUUUCAUCUUAUGUAGUGCACUUAAGAAAGUGUCGACAGGCAUUUGGGAUACAACCAGUAUGAAUCAUUUCACCUUUUAAUAGAUUUGCCAAACAGUCUAAACAUAGUAGAGGCUGCAGGAAUGGUUAUAAAAGCAUGUGAUUUUAUUUAAUACCUCAAAAUGAGGUAACAGAAAUUCAUAAAAUCAUUGUUUUAACUGUAUUCAUAUUUUAUCACUAGAACCUAACCUUUUUAAAACAUCUGUGUUGUGUUUAAAAGAGUCAAUAUCCAUCUCAAUGUUAAUGUGUUGAAAUGUGUUUAUUUUUCUAUAUUGUAUUUAUAA